AUGGCGAACAUCGACUCCACUGCUUCCAACACCAACAGGAUGCGCGAGCAUAUGUCAUUGAAGCAGAUGCAAGCUGGGAAGCAACAAGAACAAGAGGAGGACCUGUGCAUGUGUUGUAACGUGGUCAACUUCAAGCUCUCAGUGUGCCUGAAUCAGUUGGAACCUACUAAACAAGCCCCCAGUCAGACGGAGGGGAAGUCAAGAAGCAGUCAGUGCCCCGUCACGGAAGACGCAGGUGCACGUUGUGAGGAGAACGCAGAAAGUGAAGCAACGCAUCAAGCGGAGCCGUGUUCCAAUACUUCUGCUCCACCACAGGCGGAAGCUAACAGUAGCCCUCAAGCCGCUUCUGGAUCUGGAACUUCACGUGCGAGCCCAUCAGGGGUGGAUGAAAGUCGUCAGUCCAUCGUGCUCGCAACUCUACAGGAUGUAUUGCUGGCGAAUCCCACCGAUAAAUGCCUAGUGUCCGACGUGGACGAGCAGCUGCUCAUCAACGUCUUCUUCAAUUCCCCAGUUCGAAUGGCCAUCCGUUCUACAGCGCCGCCGUCAAACUUCGACUGGAGGAAGCCCAGCGACACGCAUAUUGAUGAUGACGACGAUUUGCCGGAGGAAGGCACAAUCUCCGAGCCCAAGCUAAUGAAGGUGUACAGUAACAACACUAACCUCGAUUUUAGCACGGUGUACGAUGAGACGCCCGCCCAGGUCAUUACUUUAACCCCUGAACAGUUGAAAGGAGAGGAGCGCCUGUUACUGCGUGGCAGCAAGUUCCAAAGGUGUUCGUCUUUGCAUAUUUUCAUAGAGAAGAAUCAGGCAAAUUCAGUGCACACGUUCAUCAAUCGUAUUUGCCUCUAUGGCUACGUGAACAAGAAUUACGCCAGCUGA